AUGACAACACAGCUGCUCACAAUGCCCUCAACAUCUGACAGUUCCUGGCUGAGAAGAACAUCAGCCCUGCUGGACCAACCUCCCUUGUCUGUACUCACCCAACCCGGUGGUUUUUCCUCUUUCCCAAGCUCAAAGAGACCCGUUAGACCUCACAUCUACAAAUGCCGCUCGCCCAACAUGGAGGUGUUCACCUGCUGGUGGCAUCCGCUCAGCAACCUGACAGAAGGAGAGGAGGUGAACUACGUGCUCACUUAUUCCAAAGACAAAGGGCCCAAGCGUGAGUGUCCUGACUACACAAGCGCCGGUGCCAACAGCUGCCAUUUUGACAGCAGCCAUACAUUCAUAUGGAACAUCUACUGCAUGAAUGUCACGGCUGUCAUGGCUCGCCAAAACGUCACUUCACCACAGCACUGCCUCGAUGUGGCCGACAUUGUUGAGACCGAAGCUCCAGUCAACCUAACUUACCAGUUGAUGGAUCCAGGCGGGGACGAGAUAGGUCAUGACGUGCUGCUCUCUUGGACGUACCCGAGACCCUCAGACCUCAAAUAUGGCUGGAUCACGCUGGUGUACGAGUUGCAGUACAGACAAGUCAGCGAGCCUGACAAAUGGAAGGUUAAGCAGUCACUGCGAGAGCCUGAAGUCAAGCUGCUCGGCCUUCCCAUCAACGACUAUGUGCUUCGCGUACGGUGCCGCUCGCAAAACUACGGCUUGUGGAGCAAGUGGAGCCAGCCGUUGCUGAUGAACAUUCCUUCUCGGGCACAAGCAGGUACAGCAGACACACUCAUCAUGGUGAUUCUGGUGACAACCAUCAGCAUGAUGGCGAUCUUGGCCUUCUCUGUGUGUGUCAUUCCACAAUGUGUGAGAGUGAAAAACUUCUUUUGGCCACCUAUUCCAAAACCACGCAUCAUCGGCAUUGACCCGCUGCUUUUGAAGAAGGGGAACUUGGAUGAAAUCAACCGCCACCUGACUAAUUUCCAUGGCUUCGUAGCUCCCAGCUUCCUGGAUACCGAGGUAUGGGAGCAGGUGAGCCCUGACAACAUCUAUCUCGCCACGGCCAAAGACUGCCCCAAUCCCACCAAGUCACCCAGCCAGGUGACGGAUGCCUUCACCAUCCCACACGACUUGGCACCCACCACAACUCUUCAUCAACUCGUGAGCGAGCCUCCAACAGCAUUCAUGCCAAGCGCAUACUGCAUGUCUCCUCCUCAAGCCUUCUCGCCAACCCUGUGGCCAGAGAGCAAUUACAGCAUGACGGGACAGCCAAAUGCACCGCCACCUGCCCUCUCUACUACCUGCCCCCCGCAGAACCUCUACAGCUGUGUGCAGCUCAUGAACGACAUAGAUGGGCUGCAAUUGGUGCCGUGCCUACCACCGGUCUAUAGCGAGCUCCCGCCACUGCCCGAGUCUAAAUUACAUGCCAGCGUAAAGGAGGAAGAUGAGGAGAAGCUGGCAGACGGCCAGGCCAAAAAGAAAGAUGCUGCUUUAGCUAAUGAGAGCUGAGCGGAUCACAAGAUGCGCAGAACCACAAACACAAUUGGAUUUGGUGGUUUAAAGGAACAAGUUAACUUCUUUCAUCUCUUCUGCCAUCAAGAGGUCCACAACAGUGGAGACAAGAAGACAUUUGUUGUUGUUUUUGUGAAUCAUGCACCACUUGAUUCUCAGAAAAAAAAAAUCGGAAUCAAAUUCGGAAAUGGAGUUUUGCGAGUCCCUGAAGCAGGAAGCCUGUUCCAACAUGACAUCAAUUGGCAUCUGGAUCUUAAUUGGAAUCGGAAGGCUUCCAAAAGUCGGAAACUGAUGACAGAAGUGAAACACCUCCCUCUCCCGUCCACAAAGGUGCAAAAGAGGGACCCUGCCCAGCUAGUAGAUAACGUAAUGAUAGUUAAUCUAUUUUCAUUUGUGAUGUGUCAUUGGGAAAAUACCCCUCAGGUCUCUAUCUCCCAGUCAACAAACAUCAUCGAUGGGCCCUUAAUGAUUCACUAAGCGCCCCAGAUUUCACAUCCCUGUUCACAAUGUGCUUGGUUUCAUUGUAAACUAUCAACCACGGUUCUUUGAAGGUUUUCAAUGCUGAGUAACCAGAUUGUGUUUUGUGUUAAUGUGUUAUGUAAUACAUUCUAUUUCCAAAACAUGUUUGUGGAGAGGAAGAAGAGAUUGUACAUAGUGCCUAUCUGAUAUUAUAAUUAUAAUGGAUGAGGAAAACUACAGUAUGACUUUUCCCCUUUGGUGUGGGUCAGACAAUCAACCAGCUCACCCACAAAGAGAUCCUGCUGCUUUUCAUCCAGAGCAUGAGAAGAGCAGUGGUAGGACAACUCAUGUUGCUUCAACAUGACAACACAACUGCUCACAAUGACCUGAGCAUCUGACAGUUCUUGGCUGAGAAGAACAUCAGCCCUGCUGGACCAACCUCCCUUGUCUGUACUCACCCAACCCGGUGGUUUUUCCUCUUUCCCAAGCUCAAAGAGACCCGUUUUAAGACAUGGAUAACAGAGGUUCAUGAAGGUGUGGUUGAGAAGGCUGGGAAAGUGUGUUAGACUCCAGGUGGAUGACUUCCAAGGAGAACAUUUGCAGUUUGGAUUUGAAAUAUACUGUAACUUUUGGAACACCUCAUAUGUUGCGACUGCCUUUCUUUACAAAGCAUCUUUAGGCGGGCUUAUUGUAAAGGGCAAAUAAAGAUGUGCCACAGUUA